AACGAAGAGUUUAAAUAUUUGAUGUUUCUACUGAUAGAUACUGUUCGUGCGAUUAACGAAACGCAAUACAGUAAUAUAUCAACGAUAUCGGAUCGCUAUUACAUUGUUUGCCCUGCCCAUGAAUGAGGGGAACAGAUUAACUGGCGAAGAAGAUGAAAUGUUAGGAUAAAGAAGAUUCAUCGCGUCGUAAACUUGUGCAGUGUACAGUUCGGAGAUUAAUCAAAAGUUUGCGUGUUAAUUAAGUUAAUUUAACUCAACUUUCGGCUAUCGUAUCUCGGCACACGUUGUCAAUCGUACGUAAAAGGAGUGAGUCUGCAUUUGUGUGUUUGUGCGUUUCUAGUGGUUGUUGGAAAAAUGUGUGUCAAAUUUGUGCGUCAAGUCUUUUCUCUUUUGAUUCCACCAAUUUCAAGGAGUCCUUAUUUCUAAAUGGUCACUGCGAGUAAAACUUAAGGGAACUAAUAUUCAAAAUUUAAUUAAUUAUUAAAUUGUCGCAGUUGCGCAAAGUUAUAGUAGAUAGAAAAAAAAAGAAAUAUAAAAUGUUUGCGAAUUAAGAUUUACAAAAUGAGAGACAUGAUAAGAAUUAUAACACUGAAGACUAACUUUUUUGAGAAUUAAUUUAUAUUUGAACAAGUAAAUUGUUAUCAAUUAUUCUUGCUAUUAUUGAGUGUAUAAACAAAAUGCUAAAAGACGUUCUGGAUUGAGCCUAUGCCAACAUUGUUCAAUUCGAGAGGUCCCAGGAAAGCGAAAGGACUAAUCGAAGUCAUGACUUACAUAAACGAGAAAUCUAUUGGGAUGAGGGAGACUCGACGGCGUUGUAAUUAAUCGUGCAGGCGUAAAUGAGAGACGAUCGUUGCGGGACGCGGAGGUGAUCCAUAGAUCGUGUCGGGCGCGAUCAGUUGCGGUAGCGCAGGCGAGGCGGGGGAGGGUGGCAAGAUGGAACUCUUCCUGAUCCUCGUUUGCCUGAUCGCGCCACCCGCCCUCUCGCUCUCCAUCAAGAGUAAGCUCAACCCACGGAUCGUCCAGACGCGCUACGGCGAGGUGCAGGGCAUCACGAGGUCCUUCGAGUAUGCCAAAUUCCUCAAGCCGAUUGACGUAUACCUCGGAAUACCCUACGCCACACCGCCAGUCGGUAGUAACCGCUUUUCCCCAACGAGAGCACCGAGUCCUUGGGAAGGAGUCAGAUUAUCGGACUCGGUGGGUCCAGUCUGCCCCCAAAAGCUGCCGGACAUCGCAAACGAACAGGAAGCGCUCGAGCGAAUGCCUAAGGGUAGAUUAGAGUAUCUGAAGAGAUUGUUGCCUCAUCUGCGUAACCAGAGCGAGGACUGCCUCUAUCUGAAUAUCUACGCACCUGCAAUGG